CGGCAUUUGCAAAGAACAAACAAAGAAGCAAUUCACUCUAUAUCUAUAUAUGGCAGCUGUAUAUCUAUAUAUGGCAGCUGGGCUGAUGAGAUGUGAAAUAUAUGUGGUGGUUUCGGUGUGGGAGGACCGCGAAAGGCGAUGCCUUUCAGCAGCAUGAUCCAGGAGAUGAAGGGCAAGAUCGGCGCCAUCUCGUUGCGCGGCGUGCUACGGUUCCGGCCGGGGGGCCACGCCGGGGCCGGGCGAGCGCCGGCAGCCGAGCCGGACGAGGCGUCGCGGGAGGGCUGCUGGGCGCAGUUGCCUUUCGAGCUUCUACGUAUGGUGCUGGUCAGGGUCGAGGACCAGGAGCCACGGUGGCCGGCCCGCAGCGCCAUCGUGGUGUGCGCCUGCGUCUGCCGCUGCUGGAGGGCCGCCGUCAAGAUUGUGCGCGUGCCGGAGGCUUCUGGGAAACUCACCUUCCCCAUCUCUCAACCUGGCCCAAGGGAUGCCCCUCUCAAAUGUUUCAUCAGGAGGGACCGGGCUGCUCAGUCGUAUUCUCUGUGCCUUGGAGUCACUGAUGGGUUAGCUGAUGAUGGGAAAUUUCUACUUGCUGCACGCAAAUGUCGUAGGCCCGCAUGCACUGAAUACCUAAUCUCGCUUGAUGCGAAGAACACAUCGGCUGGUUCCUACAUUGGCAAGCUAAGAUCAAACUUCUUGAGAACAAAGUUUACCGUCUAUGAUGCUCAUCCACCUUGUGCCAGAGCUGCGGUUUCAAAGGGGUACAUGAUCGGCUCAGCCCAAGUUUCUCCUGGGGUACCUGCUAGGAAUUAUAUGGUUUCUCACAUUUCUUACUAGGCGACUUUGGGUUCUAGUUAUAUUCCAGGACCUGCCGGAGAGGAUCAAGCUGCUGCAGGAAGAGAUCGGGCAGUAGCAGGAGGAGGCGCCGGGCAUGCUCAGCGUUUUCCGGGACCUCAACCCCGACGAGAUGGUGGCCAGGAACACCCCAAGUCCGACGUGGUGCGGAAGGAGGGCGGCGACACCCGGGUGGAGAUCUACUAUGCCGCGUGCACUUCAACGGUGAUGGCUCGUGGGAUGUGAUUAGGGAUGGUAAUGGAAUUGUCUCUUCACAAUUUCUUUGAGCCCUUAAUUAAUUUUAGUUCAAAAAUGAAUAGAAAUAGAACCUGAUUCUAAUCC